UCUACGUUGAGUAGACUGUCAACAGUCUCCAGUUGCCGUUACCGAAAACAAGAGCAACUCAAGCUGAAACGGACGACGUGGAGCCGUCGGAGAGGCGCAUGGAUUUAUAGACUUUCUCCGCUGAUUCUGGAGUGACUAUUAGCUGACGAACGACUGCCGAAACCAAACUUGACUUCCUCCUCUCUUUCUCAGCAUCCCUCCUUCCCAACUCAUAUUCCUUGUUGGCUACAACUCCCUCAGGGUGGAGAUAAGAAUGGGUUAAAGCAACUGUGACUUGACACCAAGACAACACAAGCACAUUCACCUGCACAGGUGGGGUCAAGAGCAGCACUACCAUGGCUCUGCAGCGCAGGAAGCUAAAGCUUCUUGCGAUGGUGAUGAUGAUCAACUUCUUCAUCUUCAUCCUCAUCUCCCGAAACAGCGGCCAGGAUAAAAGUGGACUUAACAAGCCCUACGUUCCUGCUAAAGCCUUCUGGGCUAAACUUUCUCCCAACUCUGCCUACUGGAACCGCCAGCAGCAGAUUCUGGAUGUUCAGGACAAUCCCAUCUUCAUGACAAACUUCAGCAGUGCAGACGUACCUGACUGGCUCAAUGACACUAGUUCAACCUCUGACCCGUGUCAGCCUAAUGUCAGGGUCACCACUCAGGUGAAAGACUACAACUCUUUACCGGACCGUUUUAAGGACUUCUUACUUUACAUGCGAUGUCGUUCCUACCCGGUUGUAAUGGACAACACUGGGAUCUGCAAGGAUCCUCCCUUCUUGCUCCUUGCUGUCAAAUCUCUUGGACCUCACUUUGACCGGCGUCAGGCCAUUCGUCAGUCCUGGGGGCGGGCUGGCAUCAUCGCCAAUAAGACGGUGGUCACUGUGUUUCUUCUGGGCAACGCCACUGCUGUGGACCACCACCCCGAUCUAUCUGAGAUGUUGAGCUACGAGAACAGCCGCCACAAGGACCUGAUCCAGUGGGAUUUCCGGGAUUCAUUCUUCAACUUGACCGUGAAGGAGGUCUUGUUUUUAGAUUGGAUUCAGGCUCGUUGCUCCCGUGCUCGCUUCAUUUUCAAGGGGGAUGACGAUGUCUUCGUCAACACCUACCGCAUUUUGGAAUUCCUCAAGGGCUUGUCGGGGCCCAAAGCCAAGGACCUGUUUGUUGGUGAUGUUAUCACUAAUGCAGGGCCACACAGAGACAAGAAGGUCAAGUACUUUAUCCCAGAGAGCAUGUACACAGGUGCAUACCCCCCAUAUGCAGGAGGAGGGGGGUACCUUUACUCUGGGGACAUAGCUGCUCGUCUCCAAAAUGCCUCUCAGCAUGUAGCGCUCUACCCAAUCGAUGACGUCUACACUGGUAUGUGUCUUCGUAAGUUAGGGCUGGGCCCCGAAAAGCACAAAGGCUUUAGGACCUUUAAUAUAGAGGAGAAGUACAGGUCUAACCCCUGUGCAUACAAGAGUUUAAUGCUAGUCCACCCGAGGACCCCCCAGGAGAUGAUCCAGAUCUGGACCUGGCUCAACAGAGAGGACUUGUCCUGCCAGUAGUCAGGACCUGGCUGAAACAGUAUUAGGGCUUGUUCCCAAAAGCCAAAAUCCCAAAUAUUUCAUCCUGAACGAGUCAUAACUUAAUACCUGGCAGCUUUAGGUGAAGAGGAUGCACAGAUGGUCACGGGGAAUCUCUGAUUGGUACAACUGGUGCAUUGUAGCCUAAAUAUGAGCUCAUGCGUUACUGCUGACCCAACAUGAAUGUUUUUCUUUUAAAACAGGUAUUUAUAUCUCAACUAUUUAUGUGCUUUAAAAGGCUUUAACACUGCGUCAGCUCCACGGCGGAGCGUCCUGAUGCUGUAUCAAAUAAGUUAGACAAACUUUGGAGUGUCUUCUGAGACUGUUGAGCGAUCAAACCUGCUGUGCAGCACUGUUGGUUGUUGUGAGUAUUUAUCUGAUGAACACUUCCUGCUGUUGAUUGCUGAAAGUGUAGUUUGUGCUGCUGAUCUCAUCAGAUCCCCUAAGUAUUUACUAGUGUCACACUCCAGCUGUGGCUGAACCAGUUUCCCCUUCAUACAGAUGUUACAGGUUAUUUAUUCAUGCAAGAGUAGUGUUUUUGAAAUUCACUUUGUGUGUAGGAGCUCAGUUUUCUCUCAUUUGUGCUAUUUUUUUGUUGUUGUUGUUGUUUUUAUGUCUUAAUGUUACAACAAACAACACAUGAGAGCUUUAAAGUGGAAUGUUUUGUGAUGUGAGUGCUCAUUUUGCUUUCAGGGACCAUAAGGGCCUGGCUCUGUUCAGCUCAGCAGGUCUGGGCUUGAAGGAAUUCAAAUGCUGUCUAACCUCGCUCUAUACAGUCAGAAGGAAAAACAGCUCCCAGCUAUCGAGGAGUCGUACUAGAUGCGCUUCUUCAGUAGAAAAACAACACUGUAUGUGUCCUCAUGAGUGUGUGUAUGUAAAUGCUGCUUUAAUGUGAUAGAAGUCAACUUUUAACCACAGCUGUGAGCUACUUCUGUUUCCAUCACAUCUGCUGUUCUGUCUGUCUGUCUGUCUGUGUGUGUGUGUGUGUGUGUGUGUGUGUGUGUGUGUGUGUGUGUGUGUGUGUGUGUGUGUGUGUGUGUGUGUGUUGCAUGAUGUUUAUUUUAGCUGUAUGGAACAAGAGGACGUUCUGUCUUCAUGUUACAUCAGGAAAUGCAUUAAGUUUCAGUCAGACUGGUAGAAAACAUCAGAGUAAUGUUACACGUUGUUUUUAACAGCUUUAGGAUCCAUCUACUUUAAGUCACUGAUUUUUGUUUCACAGCUUCAGUCUGUUUUCACUGAAGCUGGUGUGGUUGAGAGGAAGGAUGUUUAGACUCUGUUAGAGCUCCCCCUGCUGGUUGGGGUUGUGAACUUUGUGACCAAAAACUAUAAUCCAAAUCUUAAUUUAUUUUUACCAUCUUUUUAUUAUUUUACUUUCUAACCCUGGAAAGAGGAUAAGUAGGAAGACUUUUAGCUCACUGCAGAUAGAUUGUUGAUGUAAUGGUUUUUUACUCCCCAGCUGUAAUGUUGAUGGGCUGAAUCCACACGUCUCCAUAUUGGAUCUAACACUAAACCAGAGCUAAACGAUCUACAUCUAUAUUAAGUGAAGUUUCAUAACCUUCUAAUGUCCUCUGUCAUUUUUCUUUUCUCACUGUAUUUUUUCACGUUUAUAUUAAUAUCCUAUAUUCUCUUGUUUCACACUUUGGCUACUAAAAAUGUUUACUGGUUAAGUCAUGUUUGAUGUUUUACUCUUUCCAUCUGGGUGUGUGUUAUUUUCUUUUACACAAACUUCAGCGUUUGCUGUUGGGCAUGCUCCUGGUGUUUUAACUGAACCACCUGCUCUCCUCUGUGCCUUACUGCUUUAGUGGAGUUUUUACUAUUUGUGGAACACUCAGUUAAUUUCCGUGGAAGGGUGGGCUGCACUUUUUAUAGACUUCAGUAGUUCUGCCAAGGAUCUUUUUAAAUGUCUCCACAGUUUUCAGCCAAGGCAAAAAAAAGAGGAAAACAACAUUUUCAUUUAAAGUGCAUGACCGUGUUUGGUGUCACGUUCUGUCUUUAUUUAUUUAUUCUGUUGGGUUUUUGUAACUGUGCUAAAUUUCAAACACAUUUUUAUGAUGUCAAUUAGAUGUUAAGAUUUCAGCCUGAAACCUGUUAUCAGUUUGGUCUAAGAUAAUUACCAAACUGUUGGAGUGUAAGGGUGAUUCUCAGUGUGGAGCACGAUUGUUUUAAAGAAAUUAGAUUUAAAUAAAGUUAUUUUCCUGUUUUAUACCAA